AUUCCGUCUUGACUCUUGAAAGUUGAAACGGAGAUUUUUUAGUGCAAAUCAAAACAAGUUUCACUUUUUGGUUACAAGGUCUAUUUUGUAAUAAAUUUCUUGCCAAAGGCGAAUCAAUAAAAGUUUUACUAUACGUAGUAUUUCUCCUUGAAUCUGCGAUGAUUCUGCGGACCCGGUUGAUGAACAGAGAUUCGUUCUUCAUUUCUGGCGCAUAUCUUCUAUUUGUCAUUGAAUUAUAUUUCCAUGUAAAGAAUAUCAAUAUCGACACGAUUUUCCAUUGUUGUAGUCCAUUUAUUUUAGUAAUAAAGAUUAAGCUUCACCAAUAAUAUAAAAAAAGAGCCUACAAUGAUACCACCGUACUGGGGUGGAUGCUCAUCUUGAAAUAAUAACAAAGGACUGUGAGCUGUGAGCCAUGCGUCAGAAGCUGCUGGUGUACGUGGUGGCCGGCACGCUGGUCUGGUCGCUGGUCUACCUGCUCGUGUUCGUGAACCGGCCCAAUGGCAGCGUCCGCAGGACAGAGGAGAACACGCUGUCGCAGCAGAACGCCGAGAACCGGCGGCUUCUGGACGCACUCAAUAAGAUCGCGGACAACAGAGUGGCCGCUGCAGCGCCGGCCGGCUUAGUUGCGCCGGGCGCCGCCGGCGGCGCCACGGUCGCCGCGCCGGUGAUCGCCGUCCUGGUGUUCGCGUGUAACCGAGUGACGGUGUCGCGCCACCUGGACCAGGUGUUACGCUACCGACCCGACCCGGCGCGCUUCCCGGUGAUCGUGUCGCAGGACUGCGGCGACCGGCCCACCGCCGAGGUCAUAGCCGGGUACGGCAGCGCCGUCAAACACAUCCAGCAACCGGAUCAGAGCGACAUAGUUCUGCCGGCCAAGGAGAAGAAGUUCAAGGGCUACUUCAAGAUCGCGCGUCACUACCGCUGGGCGCUGAGCCAGGCGUUCGACACGUUCAACCACUCGACGGUGCUGAUCCUGGAGGAUGAUCUGGACAUCGCGCCCGACAUCUUCGACUACUUCACCAGCACGUACCCGCUGCUGCGGGACGACCCGACCCUGUGGUGUGUCUCCGCCUGGAACGAUAACGGUAAACUGUCGCGGAUCAACGCCUCGGCUGCGGAGCUGCUGUACCGCAGCGACUUUUUCCCGGGACUCGGCUGGAUGAUCACCGAUAAACUCUGGCACGAGCUGCGAGACAAGUGGCCCAAAUCGUACUGGGACGACUGGAUGAGGGAGCCGGCCCAGCGACUGGACAGGGCCUGCAUCAGACCAGAGGUGUCCCGCACCAGAACGUUCGGCAAAAAGGGAGUCAGCAAUGGGUUAUUCUUCGAGAAGCAUUUGAAGUUUAUUCACUUAAACGAUAGACCAGUACCGUUUACCAAAAUGGACAUGAGUUAUUUACUACGGGAGAACUACGACCCGUGGUUUGUCGACCACGUGUACUCGUGUCAGGAGGUUACCUACACUGAGCUGAAGGCCCGCCAGAUCGGCCACAAGGACUGCGUCCGGAUACAGUACGUCACCAAGGACGGCUUCAAGAGGACCGCCAAGAUGCUGGGACUCAUGGACGACCUGAAGUCGGGCGUGCCACGCACCGGGUACCGGGGAGUGGUCAGUUUCAUGUACGAGGACCGGCGGGUAUACCUGGCACCCCGACCCGACUGGACCAAAUACGACCUCACAUGGAGCUAGCGCCGGCACCGCCGCCCGCCCCGCCCGCCGCCGUCCGAGACGCAGUCGCCUCACUCGCCGCCGAUGGAGACAAAUCCUGCGCAGAUGUGUCUGUUGUCCAGCCUGCCGUCUCCGAGGCUAACUGUGAUAGACGGAGGACGUCGCCCGGUGUCAGCGUGGGCCGGUCGCUGCGCUCCUGUGAUACGCAGCUGCCGGGAAGUGCUCUGUGAUAGCCGAGCUGCUGCAGUGCAGUGAUCGGUGAACUGUGCAGUGCAGGGAGAGUGGGAGGUCGCUGGAGCGCCUCUGCAGGGCUGGACGUCGGUAGCCCGUGAGAAUAGACUCCGCCCUGGACAGAAGUAUUAAACACCUCUGGCUGGUGGUUAUUGUUGAUGGGACUGAGAGUGUCGUUUGUUGUUAAUGCACUGCGGUGUAGAUUUGUAGUUAACCGACGGCGUUGGGUGCGCCGGUGUUGUGAUUUUGGGGUGCGGUGUCGGGCGGGUGUUUUACCAAAGCAGUGACGUCGAGCCGGGAGGGACUCUGAAGGGACUGAAGGUAGUGCUCGUACCGCAGCCUUCGUGUGGACGCUGCGACGUGUUACGGAGUCGCGCCACAUCGACACGGGCGUCGUCUGUGAAUCUCUCAGCGCGGAGAUCCGCGUCAAAAAUGAAUUAUAUGAACUCGCCCACUGCAUGGUGCUCUUCAGAAGCUGUUACGUGGUGGCGUGCGUUUACGGUUUGAGAGUUUUUCCUAUAUUCUCUAUGAAAAGCGUUAUCUGCCGAGUGCUACCACCUGCGAUGAAUUCGUAACUGCAUUGUUAAAACAGUGUUGUCCUCAGAAGAGUCUCCAGAAUUGUUAUGCUAGUGCUUUGCUUAGCACUCUCCAGAAUAGAGUCCAUUUUAGCCAAUAUGUACUAGUAUGACCUCCGAUAUAUCCAUAUGGCUCACACGUUUACCACUUAACAUGUAUCAUAAACAGGCUCUUCCAGCAGUUUGUCGCACAUUAUACUUGUGCUGGCCCAUGACGAAUCUACCUGUGCAAUUGCGCAUAGUGUGUGCUCCACAGAAUAUUAAGUGCUUUAGUGAGCAAAACUGUCGUAAACCGAGCGUGCCCGGCUGCCAGACGCUGAUUGGCUGCCGCGUCUGUGACGUCACGGGUGCUAAGGACAGCUAGUCUCGUCAGUCUCGAGAGGACACACUCUGGUCUGCGGUUAGGAGUCUCGGCACACGAUGGCUGGGGCACGCGCGACGCGUGUGUGCGGAGUGCUGAAACUCAGCGAGGUUGUGGUGCUUGCUCUCGUCUGGUCUGGUAUGGCUAGGUCCACGGAUAUUUGUCACAAAAGUGGUGGAUGUU